AUGGAACUAGAGAGCUGGAGAGUGUGGUGGGGUGGGGGCACAGAGUCUAAAUUUCUGCCUUUAUACAAGAUCAUAAAUAAAUGAUUUGAAACAAAAGGUGUUGUUAAUCAAAAAGAUCAUCUAGGAAUGAUCUCUUCAGAUUUUUAACUCAGUGUAAGUUUGUUUAAUUACCCUGAAGAGGCCAUAGUUUAAAUUCUGGAGGUUACAAAAAUGCAUGCCAGGAAGUUCCAGGCUUCCAAGGGACCUUUCUUAAAUUCCUCUUUAUUCGUCUUUUUUCCUCUAUUAAAUAGCUUUAAAAUCCACCAACUACUCAUUGUCUCCUCAAGAAUAACAUCUUUAAAAGUCUGGUUUUAAUUACUGCCAAAUCUGAGUGUCUGUUUAUUAAUUUUUUUGUCAUAUUACUGAGAACUUGUCUUUGACCUCAUAGCUGUUUCCUAGCAACCCUCAUCAGCAUAAGGAAUCAGUGAGCCCCUCUGCUCUGUGGGGCAAAGGGAGCAGGCCCAGAGGCAGCAGCUUGCAUCCUUUGGCCCAGCCCAAGUCUUCAGUACCCUGAGACAGAGGAGAACCUUCAGCUUGGAACGGUGCUACUUUUGACAGCCUCUCUUGCUCAUCUGAUAGGGCGUCUUGGCCCUUGCCUUCAUGAAUUUUCUUUCUUUUUAAAAAUUCCUUAUACCCGACCAAUGUGUCACACUUCAUAGAGUGUUUUCACGUGCCCUGCAUCAUUUGAUGGUCAAAAGUGAUCUCCCUGAAAUAGGUGGGGAAGGCUUUAUUUAUGGAGGAGGAAACAAUUAGAAAUUCAGAAAGGGUAAGUCACUUGCCUCCCAGUCCAGAGUUCUUGAUCCUUUUUAUAUAGAAUCUUUAGGAGCACUCAUAGUAAAUAAUUCAAGGUAUUGAACUGGAACUUAAUUUGCUUAACCAUCUGUUCUUUUUAGACUUUGGUAUAUAUUUUUUUUUUUAUUUGAUCAGAUUCAACUUGGGAAUCCUGAAAUCUUUAAUUAUCCCACAUGGAAGGGGAGUGAAAGGGUAGGAGAAUGUAACUUCAUUUGGAAAUUCACUUGUCCAUCUGUGGGGAUUUUUUGUUUUUUGGAGUGCUGGGGAUUGAACCCAGGGCCUCAUACAUGCUAGGAGAGUAUCCUACCACUGAGCCAAUCUCCAGCCCUCCAUCUGUGUCUUUUCAAGAGGUGGAUUUAAAUCUAUUAAGAGGAUAUGAAAGGAACAGAGACUGGUAAGGUGGUCAUUAACAAGCAUAGAUAGUAAAGCAGCAGCAUCAUUGUGAUUGUUUUUUGUUGUUUUUUCUGCCUUGGGACCUCACUUGUGAGUAAGGACUGAGAUUUUGUGUAUUUGGUUGCAUUGUUUAGUUGACAGUGCAUGCAUCAUAUAUCUCUUGACUUUGAAGGACAUCCCAUGUUGAAGGAAUUCAUUUAUGAUGCAGAGAGAAUUCAACUGGAAUACCCAGAGGGCUCUGGCUAAGGGUGGUGAAAUGCCUGUGGAGACAUGAAGACUUCAGCCACUGGUUUCAUCCUCACAAGUCUGGCGUUGACUGUCUACUCGCCAUUGGUGGUGUCUUCACCUAAAACACUGGCCAUCCCUGAAAAGCUUCAGAAAGCUGUAGGGAAAGUUAUUGUCAAUGCUACAACCUGUACUGUGACUUGCGGCCUUGGCUAUAAAGAGGAGACCAUCUGUGAGGUGGGCCCUGAUGGAGUGAGGAGGAAGUGUCAGUCUCAGCGCUUGGAAUGUCUGACCAACUGGAUCUGUGGGAUGCUGCAUUUCACCGUCCUCGAUGGGCAGGAGUUUGAGCUUAGCUGUCUGAGUUCAGACAUCCUGGAGAUUGGACGGAAAGCUUUCCGCUUCACCUGGAGAUUGGCACGGGGUAUCAUUUCCACUGACGAUGAGCUCUUCAGACCCUUCAGAGCUGAAUCCUAUUUUUUGAGGUUUAAACCUGUCCAGGAGUAUGAUUCUGGGACAUACCGCUGUGAUGUGCAGCUGCUAAAAAACUUGAGGUUUGUGAAGAGGCUCUAUUUUGGGCUGAGGGUCCUUCCUCCAAAGUUGGUGAACUUGAAUUUCUCUCAAUCUCUUACCGAGGAACAGAAGUUAGUAGAUGAGGGCUUGGAGGUUAAUCUGGACAACCAUUCCAAGCCUUUCCGGCCAAAGUGGCAAAAGAAGGUGACAUUGGCCUUGGGAAUAGGAAUUACUGGUGGAGUGGUUGGUGGUAUUUUGGUGAGCAUUGUCCUCUGCGGUAUGUGGAGGGGGACUGAUGGCACUUGGAGCCACAAGAGCUUACAAGCCUUGCUCCCAAGGGACUGCCACCCAGAAACCCAGGCUAGCUCUUCAGGGAAUGCUCUGGGUGUCAGGUAGUGAAUCAGCUAGGAGGGAGGCUCCCGCUGCCAAAAGGUUGGGUGAGGGGUGUGGAAGGAGCAGCUUCUUGCUAGCUGUGGGCAACCAUCACCAGCUGCUUUGUGUCCCACGUGGGUCUCUGCUCCACAUCUCCCUGGCUCUAAGUUCUCAGGAGACUGCAGGCAACCUCCUGUUCCUGGGAAGAGUUCUGUCUUCCAAACUUGCAUUCUCUAACCUCUGUGCUUUCCCAUCUCCAUCUCCCCUCUCUUGAGCAGCAUACUCAUAGUGAAAACAUUUUUUCCUCUUCAAUAAAAGUAAUUUAUAUGGAAA